AUGGAAUUAACAGCAGAAAAACGACAAGUGUAUUACUCAAGUACAUGGGGAACAGUUUGUGAUGAUGGUUGGACCGAUGCUAACACCGAUGUUGCGUGCAGACAACUGGGGUUUGCAGGAAGCUCAGCGUAUUAUGGUUCGGCCCACUUUGGCCAAGGAUCCGGAAACAUAUGGCUGGAUAACGUAGGAUGUACUGGAAGUGAAAACACUAUAUCAGAAUGUAGUCAUAAUGGUUGGGGUGUUCACAAUUGUAAUCACGGCGAGGACAUUGGUAUAGUGUGCUAUGGAAAUUCAGUGGCGACGCGGCUAGUUAAUGGAGCAACUAAUAAAGAAGGAAGACUUGAAGUGUAUUACUCAAGUACAUGGGGAACAGUUUGUGAUGAUGGUUGGACCGCUGCUAACUCCGAUGUUGCGUGCAGACAACUGGGGUUUGUAGGAAGCUCAGCGUCUUAUGGUUCGGCCCACUUUGGCCAAGGAUCCGGAAACAUAUGGCUGGAUAACGUAGGAUGUACUGGAAGUGAAAACACUAUAUCAGAAUGUAGUCAUAAUGGUUGGGGUGUUCACAAUUGUAAUCACGGCGAGGACAUUGGAAAUUCAGUGACGAUGCGGCUAGUUAAUGGAGCAACUAAUAGAGAAGGAAGACUUGAAGUGUAUUACUCAAGUACAUGGGGAACAGUUUGUGAUGAUGGUUGGACCGAUGCUAACACCGAUGUUGCGUGCAGACAACUGGGGUUUGCAGGAAGCUCAGCGUAUUAUGGUAACGCCCACUUUGGCCAAGGAUCCGGAAACAUAUGGCUGGAUAACGUAGGAUGUACUGGAAGUGAAAACACUAUAUCAGAAUGUAGUCAUAAUGGUUGGGGUGCUCACAAUUGUGAUCACGGCGAGGACAUUGGUAUAGUGUGCUAUGGUAAGUAA